AUGGGAGGAGUCACCCUGCUGAAUGGCAGCCUCAUCGGCUCUCGUCUUCAGACUUCGGCUUUCUUCGGUUUCUGGCCACUGAUUGGUCAGAUAGUUGGUGAUGGCUUGUCUACAGACCGCCUAGCAACUCUCUUAUCGCCUUCCUCUGUUCACUCUGACCUAGUCACCGUGGACAAUCGACUAGAUACCCUAGCGAGUCUUCUGCUGAUAAAGUCCAAGGAGAUCCUACUUCGACGCAUCCUUCAGUCGACUACGCAUCCGGCCCUCUUCCAUGGACCCGAAAUUCGAGUCACUCGUCUCAGCACUAACCUGAGUCGGUCGGAUACCCCUCACCCGCAAAGUCAUCGGAAUUCUUGCGAAGAUGCUACCGAUCUGGAGCCUGCAAAUCCGUUGAAAUCGGUAUUUGCUCAGGUCUCCAGACGAAUGUUGCAGAUGGACGAGUUUGGCGUGCUCUGCAGCAACGAGGAUCCGGACGGAUUAGUGGACACUGGAGCACCAGUAACAGCAGAGGAGGAAGUAGGAGAAGCGAACCAUCGUCAGAGAGGUGCCCGUGCCUGUUUGGCCAAUCAACUGACUAGUGGACGUCCCACUCUCAUUCCUCGACCUCCUCGUCUUCAUGUGCCGCCACAACCGCACUUCUGGUUGUCGCGACGCGCCUGGAAAGUGAGCCUGGUGGGUGAGUCGGUGGAUGACUGCGGUGGCGGCUUCAGCGAUUCCGUAGCAGAGAUCUGUGACGAACUGCAUGCCCCCUGGAGUGGCCUGCCCGUCCUCGUGCCCUGCUCUCCUCUGAUUGGUUCGUUCCUUAUGAUGGCCCUUGUUUGGAUCACUUUUAUUAACCUUCUUGUUAGAACCCUUGCCUAUUCAGCGGUGUGCCGGAUGUUUAUCAAUCCGACGUUGUGUUUUUUGGUAGAGACAACGGAGCCCGGAAGUCUUAUGUAUGAUUCCUGUUCUAUCAUCAGCCAACCAUACCCUAACCAUAGGCCACCUAGUUGUCUAACGAAUGUUCCACAGUUGGCCCGAGUCCUCAUGCCCUAUCAAUUGCGAUUUUAUAGAUUACACUUGGAUAAUUGUUUUCUUUUUAUGACUGAAAGCUUGUUCAUUUUUUCUUGUCUCUGA